AACGAAAGACUAGAAGGGAAAUAGCAAUACACUCGAUAAGUCGUAAGGCGCUAAAAUGUUUGAUGUGUUCGAUAAGCCAUUCGCGGAUCCUGUCCAGCUACCGCUGGUCGGCAACUUCCGGACCUCAGUGAUAAUUAUCACAAUAUAUCUGCUAUUUGUACUGAAGUUGGGUCGGGAUCUGAUGGCAAAGCAUGAGGCUCUUGAACUACGUGGCGUCCUUAAGGUCUACAACAUCGGACAAGUCCUGUUUAACACGGUGAUUUUUGUGUGGGGCUUUCACCUGAUAUUCGUGUCUAGGCCGUACAACUUGAGCUGCAUGACUGUCCUGCCGCAGGAUCACGAACUAAAGUCCACGGAAAGGACUCUGUCCUACCUGUACCACCUGAACAAGCUGCUCGACCUGAUGGACACCAUCUUCUUUGUGUUGCGCAAGAAAUCGCGCCAGAUUACCUUCCUGCACGUAUUCCACCACGUGUUCAUGGUGCUCAUCUCGCACCUGUUGAUCCGAUUCUACGGCUAUGGAGGUCAUGUCUUUUUCAUCUGCAUGUUCAACGUACUGGUGCACAUUGUGAUGUACGGCUACUAUUACGCCUCGUCGCAGAGCCAGAAUGUCCAGGAGAGCCUAUGGUGGAAGAAGUACCUCACUCUGGGCCAAUUGCUGCAGUUCCUCUUGAUGUUCCUGCACGGCGCCUACACCUUCUUCCAGCCCAACUGCUCAGCUUCACGGGGUGUUAUCUACGUCACGGGCGGGGCCAGCUUCUUCAUGUUUGUGAUGUUCUCUAAAUUCUACGUGAAGACCUACAUUCGACCCAAGGAGGUCAAGUCCAAGGGCAAGGCAAACUGAUUGCAACUGCUACACUGUGAUUCAUUUGAUCAAAACGGCAGAAUUAUUAAAAGCCUGGUAACA